AUGAUGCGCAUCGGCGCUGUCCGCUUUGCGCCGCUGCAGGCUUGUCGCCCUCUCCUCUUCUUCUCAUGGCUGAGUAGGAGCAGCGAGCACCGCGGCAGCGCUGACGCAACGUGGCGCACGAACGCGAAGGACACCUUCAUCAGCGAGGGUGCCAUGGGCCUCGGUGGCGGCGAUGUGGGUCAGCCCAUGGCGAACGGGGCCUCUGAGGCGCUGGACGGCACGGGCAGGAGCACCGCCAGUUAUCGACAGGCCGGUAUGAACGGCAUCGGUGGGCGUGGCGUCGGCCAUGGGCAGUCCUUCCAAGUAGGCGGUGGUGCCGCGCCAGGCUCCACCGUGCCAAAGCAGGCGAUAGACGACAUCUUAAUGGAGCGCCCAGCGCACUUGACGGGGCCAAACCGGCGUCCCGUCUCGUACGACCUCGAAAUCCACCGCGUCGCCCGCGCGCGUGAGGUGGCACAGAAAGAAGCCUCGCAGCAGCAUCUGCGCCACUUUGAUGAACAGAACAUGCCACGCAAUCCCCUCGAUCCGAACCGGGAGCGCGCGAGCUGGGAGUUCACGCCAACGCCUGAGCACAAGUCGCUCGUGCUGCUGCUGUAUCGCAACGUGUUGAAAGGCUUGAUGAACUAUAAAAGCGUCCGGCGCCGCAGCAUGAUCGCCUACGCCCGCAUGUGCUUCCGCCGUCGCGCUAUGGCGACAGAAAAGCUACUGAUUGACGAGUGCAUCGAGGAGUGUCGACGCUCAAUCUACGUGUUGGAGAAGCAUCACAACUUCACCAAGACGGGCACGUAUGAGUUUGACUCGAUGACGAUCCCCAAGGACACGGGCCAGGAUGUAAAGACCUACAUGGAGGAGGUGUACGAUCCGGAGCAGUCUCGGCUGCAGUUCCAGAACUUCACUGAUGUGCAGCCAGGCAAGGAGCACCUGCAUCGCCAAGGGCUCGGGCCCACGUCGGGGGAGCAUCACUGGAAAGAUCAAACGUCCUCAGAGGCCUUCAAGGUGGAGAUUCGCGACGAGGACAAGGCGCUUCGGCCGCCGCCGCCACCCGAGAUGGCGAGCUAG